CGGAGCUGCGUCCUGGCGCAGCGGCGUACUUAUAAAUAGAGCCCGGAAGACAUGCAUCAGCUCAGCAAACAGGUGUACAUGUGUGAGAAAGUGGCGCUGUGUUGGUUAAAAACGUGAAGAGAUGAUCAGCGUCUGUCCAGAUAACAGAAACAGAGCCAGGUUUACAUGGGAGCUCAGUGACACUGCAAAGGUUUGAACUCUUCAGCCUGUUAAACAUCACUACAAGUCAACAUGUCCAAUCGAGGACCUCUGACCGCUGUCAUAACAACGGUUCUGGGGGCGACCUUAGGAGGGCUGCUGAUAUGGCGGGUGUAUCGGACCAAAAAGAAGAAGCUGCCUUCCAUCCAGAAGGUGGUCGAACCUGUGAAAGCUUCGAGUCCUGUGGAGAAAGAGUUCACAGCUGUGGAGUUACAGUACAUCCAGCCGCUACUUCCUCUCGAGAAAGAAGUCAAGACUGUGGAGUGUCAGACCACUCAGCAGCCUCCACCCCAGAUCCCAACUUCUGACCAGCUGCUGGGGGUGAAGCCGGUGAUGGUGAGCUCUGAAGAAGAAUGGCAGCAGCUGUGGCCGCUGAUGGAAAAGGAGCUCUCAGUGUUCCCUGUGCUGGGGCUGGACUGUGAAUGGGUAAAGAUCAAAGGAGUUUCGGUGAAGGGCCGAACCUCGGCGGUCUCCCUGCUCCAGAUGGCCUCGUACUCGGGUCUGUGCAUCCUGGUGAGGCUGCUGGCGUUUCGCAGCGGACAGCAGCCGUUUCCACUCAGUUUAAUGGAAGUCCUCAGAGACCCGCACGUCCUGAAGGUCGGCGUCGGAUGUUACGAAGAUGGAAAACGUCUGACGCGCGACUACGGCCUGUCGCUGUCGUGUACAGUCGACCUGCGUUACCUCGCCUUAAGACAGAGGCAAGCUUCAGUGAGUAACGGCCUCAGUCUGAAGUCCCUGGCAGCAGAUCUGUUGAAUGUAUCUCUGGAUAAAUCUCUGGCGCUGCGCUGCAGUGACUGGGAAGCAGAUCAACUCACACUGGAGCAGAUGACUUAUGCAGCCCGAGAUGCCCAGGUUUCCAUCGCUCUCUUCCUCCGUCUCCUCGGCCUCCGGCCUGACGCCGGUCCCGCCUCUUCCAGCGGGAGCUCCUACUCUGAACUGGCGUCCCGCUGCCAGGGUCUGGUGGACGUGCCCUUCAGGGGCCGAGGAGACGUGGACGAGAAGCCCGGCGAUGGAGAGAGGAAGCGGAAGACGAGAAAAGCGCCGGUUUUCGAAAGCCCAGAGUCUGGAGAUCAGCAAGUCCCAGACCCUCGAAAGAACAGCAAGAGGAAACCGCUGGGCGUCGGAUACUCCGCCAGGAAAUCUCCUCUCUAUGAUAACUGCUUCCUCCAUGCCCCGGAUGGUCAACCUCUGUGCACCUGCGACAAGAAGAAAGCCAAAUGGUACCUCGAUAAAGGAAUAGGAGUGCUUCAGAGCGAGGAUCCUUUCGUUGUGAGGCUUCUGUUCGAGCCUUCGGGACGUCCGGACUCUCAGCAGGAUUAUUAUCUCACUGCUAAGGAGAAUCUCUGUGUGGUCUGUGGAAAAGCAGAUUCCUACAUCAGAAAAAACAUCGUUCCACACGAGUACAGGCGACAUUUCCCCACCGAGAUGAAGGACCACAACUCCCACGACAUCCUGCUGCUCUGCACCAGCUGCCACGCCGCUUCCAACGUGCACGACGGCUUCCUGAAGCAGCAGCUGGCCGAAGAGUUCGCCGCCCCGCAGGGCUGCGAGGAGGGAGUUCGCCUGCUGGAGGACUCGGACCGACGGAGAGUGCGAUCGGCGGCCCGGGCUCUGCUCACCGCCGGCGAGGGACUGCCGGAGCAGCGGAGAGACGAGCUGCAGGGUUUGAUCAAGAGCUUCCUGGACGUGGACGAGGAGGAGGAGCUGACGGACGAGGCGCUGCAGCAGGCGGCCGGUCUGGAGACGAGGAUAUUAAAUGAGGCGUACAUUCCUCACGGUCUGAAGGUGGUCCGGGCUCACGCUGAGCUCGGCCUCCGGGGCCUCAUGGACCUGGAGCGUCGCUGGAGGCAGCACUUCCUCACCUCCAUGCAGCCGCAGCACCUGCCUCCCCUCUGGUCUGUCGACCACAACCACGGCAAGUUCCUCCGCAAAUACGGGGAUGGCCUGCCCAUCAAGCUCAACUGACGGACGGCAAAGGAGGACAGAACACUCUAUUUUUCUCGUGUGAAUCCAGCAGCGGGGACUGAAAUGUAAAGUUCCUGCUCGGCGACAGAUAUUUCACCGGUGAGACGAAUGAACUGUGGAGAUCCAGCACUGAAUCUAAAGAACGCCAACCUCGCAGCGUCACCACGGACGUUACCUGAUUGCAUAUGGACACUUUUUUAUAAUGAGAUCCGUAAUUAUUUAUGAAAACAGUUCAGAUAUUGAAAUUCAAGAACUGAUUUUUAGAAGAAAAAAGAAGCUGCGGCCUGCUCUUAAUUUCCCCCUUAAUUACCAAACUCCACUUCCCCUCUGCAGGUUCGCAGCUUGUUGCUCUCGUCAGUCUGAGGAUAAAUGAUUUGCUUUGCAGGGAGAAGGUCAUUUUAAUAUGACCUUAAAUUAUCUGCAGCUCCACUCGGCUUUUGUCGUUUUCAGGUCGAUCACUGAAGAAGCAUCUUGAGAUCAGACUUCAUCUUUGCCCUUCUUUUAAUAAGAUGAGUUUGUUGUCGAGGUGCCUUCGGGCCUGAAAACGUUCCAUCUCGGUGGUUUUGUUUAUUUCUUCGCGGAGGGAGUCGAAAGCAAGCAGAGUGAAGUUGGCGCCUUAUUUAAACCCCUGAUGUUUGCGUCCUGCCGCCGAUCCUCCAGACGGUUCGGGAAUCUCCAUGGCUCAUGUUUUAAUGUGCCUCUUAACCCCCGAACCCGACCGGAGGUUUGAUCAAACGAGACGCGCUUCAGUUUACAGCCGUUUAACUACGACGUCUUUUACAGAAUCCAAACCCGCACAGUGAAUGAAAGGUGCCAACUUUGAUGUGAUGAUUAAAAUUACAAUUAAACCCCUUUGCAAGGCAGAUUUUCAUCAUGAGUGUGAUUGAGUUUAUUUACAAUAUUAAAUUAUGAAGGCGGCUGCCUUGUAUUUAUUCGUGUUUUUCAGCUCUGAAAGCUGUUUUCCUAAAUUGUGAAUGAUUGAAAGAAAAAAAGAAAUAAAGAUCAUGUUUGUAUUAA